AACAACAGCAACAGCAGCAACAACAGCAACAGCAGCAACUAAUCAACUAACUCGUGUGUGCAACAACAAUGAAUACAAUCAAAAUGUGCUGCUAGUCAAAUUUGGGCUACAAUUGUAUGAAAAUUUAUGCAAAUCAAAAGCGAGCAAUGACUGCGUGGCGAGCAACAACAGCAACUGCCAACAGGAACAGCAGCAACAGCAGCAACACCAACAGCAACAACUUGACUGCCGCACAGUCGCCGUCGCGCCAUUGCCAUUUGCAUUUAAUUGUUGUGAUUAUCUUGGCCUGCUGCACACGGUGGUUGUAUGGAUUGCCCGAUGGACGCGCCACUUGCCGCUCGGUGCCUGGCCUAACCAAAGAUCAGGUGGAGCUCUGCUACAAGGCGAGUGAUGUGACUGCCGCUGCUCUGGAGGGCCUGGACAUGGCCAUACGCGAAUGCCAGAUACAGUUUCAGUGGCAUCGCUGGAACUGCUCGUCACUGAGCACAAAGAGCCGCAAUCCGCACGCCUCCAAUCUGCUGAAGAAAGGCUAUCGGGAGAGCGCAUUUGCCUUUGCCAUUUCGGCGGCUGGCGUUGCUCAUAGUGUGGCGCGCGCCUGCAGCCAAGGACGUCUGAUGUCCUGCGGCUGUGAUCCGACCAUCAAUCGCAAGACGCUCAACAAGAAUCUGCGCCAGUCCCUCGACAAGGAGAAGAAGCAAUUUCUGCAAUAUCUGGAAACAAACCAGAUCCUAACGCCCGAGGAGGAGAAGACCUAUGAGCGCUCCAAGAUCGCGAGUCGCUGGAAAUGGGGCGGCUGCUCCCACAACAUGGACUUCGGUGUGGAGUACUCCAAGCUGUUUCUCGACUGUCGCGAAAAGGCCGGCGACAUACAAUCCAAAAUCAAUCUGCACAACAAUCAUGCGGGCCGAAUGGCCGUAUCGAAUAACAUGGAAUUUCGCUGCAAGUGCCAUGGCAUGUCCGGCAGUUGUCAGCUGAAGACGUGCUGGAAAUCGGCGCCCGAUUUUCAUAUUGUGGGCAAAGUACUGAAGCAUCAGUUCCGCAAGGCCAUUCUGGUCGAUCAGUCCAAUCUGGGCAAUGGGGAGCCCAUCGUUGUACUGAAGCGUUCGCGCAACAAGAAAUCCAAUGGCGGCGGCAACAGCGCUGGCAGCUCCACGGAUCUGAGUGGCUCCGAUGCGUCUGCCACGCGGACGGGCAGCGGCAGCCAAAGCGAUCUGGACGCCGAGCAGAGCCCGCGCCAGACCAAAGCUGAUAAGAACGCGGCGCGCAUGGCCCGCAAGCUGGAGACGUCGCUCUUCUACUAUCAGCGCUCGCCGAACUUCUGUGAGCGGGAUCUGAGCGCAGAUAUUCAGGGUACAAUUGGUCGCAAAUGCAAUCGCAACAGCACGACCAGCGACAGCUGCGCCUCCCUCUGUUGUGGGCGUGGCCACAGUCAAGUGAAGGAACGACGCGCCGAACGCUGCCGCUGUAAAUUCCAAUGGUGCUGCAGCGUCGAGUGCGACGAGUGCCAUGUGGAGGAGUGGAUAAGUGUGUGCAAUUAAAGGCCAUGGCAACUGAUAAAAGACUUUUCUUCAAUGCAAUUAGCCAACAGCAGCAGCUAAAAUAAAUG